CACCAACCCAUUAAACGACAUCGUCCAUACGUGACAGAUAGGCGCCGAGUAAAAUCCAAACAUUUUUGAGGGCAUUUUCAGAACUCAAAAAUCCCCACAUGGUAAGCCCCCGCAAUUUCCUACGAGCUUCCUGCGAAUCAUCGCCACAGACGCGAUCAGAGCCGUUCAUCAUCCAAAAUCCCCAAUCUCGAAACCCUAUCAUAUUACUCCACCGCCCUUCUUAUUUUUCAUAAAUAAGAUUCAUCUUCCGCGUUCCCCUUCCCUCUCUUUCUCUCCCAUAUUUCCCUCACAAAAGUCCCGCCCGCAUCUCUGCAACCCCCGGAUUCGUUCAUUCAAAAUCUCUUUCUUUUUCAUUUUCUUGAUUCCAGACCCAACCAAAUCUUCUUCCUUUUUAGGAUAUGGAGAGAGUGGCACCGUCGUCGUCGCCGUUGUCGGAAGUGGCGUCUUAUGAUAGCUGGGACGAGGUGAAUGUUUCGUGCGACAAAGGCUGGAGGGAGGUUCGUUAUUAUUUGAAUAGGAAAGAUGGAGGCUCAGAUCUGGUGAUAAUAGGCAAAGAAAAGAGCUUGAGGCAUAUGAGGUAUCGAUUCGCUAUUAGAAACGCCCCUCUUUUCGCUUCUUGGAUGGCCCUUGGGAAGCUCAGGUCCCGUAGGGAGGUCAUUGAUUGGCUCAACUCAGUUGUUUCAGAUUCAUCUCCUCCUAAACACUCCCAAGAAGCUGGUGGAUUUUCUAGUGCCAGAUACACUAGUAAUUUGGACCUUGAAUGUUUCAAGGACCUUCAAUCAAGGAAGCUGGGCAAAUAUACUAGAGAAUUUUCAUGGUUAGGUUCUCCACGGACUGGACGAAGAAGACGGAAUCAUUAUUUGUCUUUCCGACGGAAUGGUGUUGAAAUUUCAGUUAAUGAUUUUGUGUAUGUCUUAGCUGAGGCAGAUAAACGGCUUGUUGCUUAUCUUGAAGAUAUGUAUGAGGACUCCAGAGGAAACAAGAUGGUUGUGGUACGAUGGUUUCACAAAAUUGAUGAGGUUGGUAUUGUUUUGCCUCACAAUUUUAAUGACAGAGAGAUUUUCUUUUCUCUUUGUCUUCAAGAUCUCUGCAUCGAAUGCAUAGAUGGAUUGGCUGCUGUCCUCAGUCCCCAGCAUUUCAAGAAAUUUUCAAACUUGGCAAUUCAUUCUCAGUUGGAGCCAUUUAUGUGCAACAAGCUGUUUGAAAAUGAUUAUGUCAAGCCCUUCGACAUAACCAAGGUUAAGGGUUACUGGAAACAAGAUCUUGUUAGAUAUUUGUCAGCUGCGUCUCCUUUGAAUGGUACCUUGAUUUUUCAGCGAAAUGCUGAUGACCAGAAAGCAGAUGUGAAGACCAAUGAUGAUGUCUUAAUUAGACCUAGGAAGAAGCGUUGUCUGUCAAAAGAUGAUGAUAUAUGCAUGCAUAACCUUAAGAGGAAUGGGUUGGUAGAUGCAGCAUGUGCAGAUGAACAAAAUCUUAGUAACAGUGUGAUUGAUUGCAAAACAGGAAUGGAUGUAUGCAGACAAAAGAGACCAGGGUCUCCCUCAUUAUCCCCUGACGAGGCAAAGCAGAAUUCUUCUCAGUAUUUGAAAGUAGGUUCUCAAGUUGAAGUAUUCUCUCAGGAUAGUGGCCUUAGAGGGUGUUGGUUUAGAGCUUUGAUAAUUAAGAAGCACAAAAAUAAGGUGAAGGUUCGAUAUCAAGAUAUUCAAGAUGCAGCUGAUGAAGCUAAUAAGUUAGAGGAAUGGAUUUUGGCUUCCAGGGUUGCCAAUCCUGAUCAGUUGGGAAUCAGGGUUUGUGGAAGGACAACUGUUCGACCUUCACCAUUGCUGAACCAGGGCAGGGUUUCAUUGAUUGUUGAUGUUGGAACUGUUGUGGAUGCUUGGUGGCAUGAUGGAUGGUGGGAAGGCAUUGUAGUUAAGAAGUUUGCUGAAGACAAACUUCAUGUUUAUUUUCCAGGAGAAAAUCAGGAAGCAGUCGUUGGGCAUGGUGAUGUGAGACAUUCUCAAGACUGGGUGGGGAAUGGGUGGAUUUUUAUAAAGGAGAGGCCUGAUCUAGUGAACACCAUUCUCACUCACAUGGGUAAAAGUCAAGAUGUGGAGAAAUCAUUUGUUUGCGACUCUGUCCAAACUGCAAUUUGUGGCAGCACACAGAUCAAGCAAGAUGAUCCUAGAUGUAAUGAUUCUAAUUUGGAUUCCAGAAACGAUGGUGCAACAAACUCACUGCAGGUUCUGGAUCUAUCAAAAGAUUUACUUUCCCAGUUGAAAUGGAAAUCAUCGAGGAAGAGAACCCGUGUAGGUGGGUUCUCUGUCCAGAAGCUGAAUUGCAGUGAUAAUCACAGUAAAAGCACAAAAAAGGCUAUGGAGUCUCUCGCCACAUGUGAAAUAUCUUUGAUUUCUACUCCCUUAAAAGUUGACCAUGAGAACUGCAAAUAUGUAGGUGACUCACUAUUCAAUUCUUCAGUUGUGCCUCCUCUAACAAGCUUGGUUAUGUCUAGGUGAAUCAUCCUCUUACCCUUUGGGAUGCCAAGUUGUUGAUAUUUGUUGGCAAGUUUCUGCCUCUUCUUUUUUACCAGAGGUACAUAUCAUAUUGUGGUGCAUCUACUUGAUGCAGCAGCUCUUCUGAGGCAUCUGAAUUAGGCAGGUAGUCUAACACAGAAAUCAUGGCAUCCAAUUACUUCUGUAUUUAAAUGUAACAUUAACCUUUGGGCUGGGAGUCAAGUUUCAGUCAGCAAUUUUGGGUGCAGUAGGGUAACCCUUUAGAUCCCUGACCUUUAUCUAGGUUUGUGGAAGAAUCUCUGCUUCAUGUAAUUUGUAUAAUGGUUUUUUCACAAUAAAAAGUUAUAUUUUAAUUUCUUGCAAUGUUUUUAUUUCUGUUAAAAAUUAAUUAAUUGGUCACAUCUUCUAGAUUAUGAAUUGCUUGUUUGUGCAUGUUGUAUGAUAUUUCAUCUUGCGUUCUCCGGUGUUAUUUGUUUCUGUUAGCAGCAACAGCGAAGUUGGUUGUUGGGAAUGCAUUUGAAUUGUGGGCAGGCUUUCCCUGCGCUCCUAAAUGUCAUUUUCUGUGCCGAUAAUUGGAAAGAACGCAGGUGGUUCCCACUUUCAGGGGAGGAUCCAAAAUUCCAAAUUCUGCAUGACUUUAAACAAACACUGGCGGGGCCAUUCGGUUCUAAUGUUGAUGUUGUAAUUUAGUAGCUUAAUCCCUUAUUUCCUGGCCAUUUCCUUCCCUAUGACGUCAUUGUAUUAGGUGAUCAACGCGCUGGCAUUCGCUUGGCGUUGCAGAAACUAGAAGAUUUGCUGAUUUAUCCAGGAUUUCCCUCCAGGGUACAUCGCCAGAUCAACUCCAAAUCAAUUCUAUCGACUUGAAGCUUUCUGGAUAUGAAGAUUUCCCUUACGUUUCAACAAAUAUACUGUGUGUAGGUGACACAUUCUAGAAAUGA